AUGAGUGGCAACGACACCGACGGUGGGUCGGUCCACGAUGAUGACAAUGGAAUUAACAAUGCCCGAGAAGAUUCUGGAUCCGAUUAUCAAGAUGAAGACGGUCAAAGCGACGAUGCAAACUCGGUGCGAAGUGCGCGCAGUCAGACAAGCAAUCGAUCUGUAAGAUCUGGAUCUGGGAAGAAGUCGACACCAAAAGAGAAAUCUCAGCCUCGAAUCACAAAAAGCAUAAGGGCUACUUACAAGGAAACUUACAGAGACUUUUACAAUGAUCAACUGGAAGAGCUUAUUCGUCCUUUCCACUCCAUCACCCACGCAUUACCAGCAUCUGAAAUUGGGGUGGCUGUCUGGACUCCACUGGAGAAAGAAAUUCUGUUCCAGAAGAUCUCGACUCUUGGCAAAGACAACAUCAAGGAUAUCUCAAGCGCAAUAAAGACCAAAUCGGAGACUGAAGUGCGCCAGUAUCUCUCGCUUCUUGAUGCAGGAACCGUCGAGGGCAACGUGACAAAAGCACUGCCUGUGUUUUCUGCUGCAGACAUAUCACCUGCUUUCGAAGUCAGCAAGCAGUCGGAAGAUCUGCUUGAAGAAUACGCCGAUGGCCUGUCCAAGUAUCAGACAAGGAGUGACCAAAAGCGGGAGAAGAAGAGACAUGGCGACUACUGGCUUCUCACCAAAGACAUUGCGCAAGAAGUAGAAGAACAGGUCAUGGCCCGCGACGAGUCUUAUAUGAAGUCAAGUUUACAUGAUGAGGAUGCAGAUGAAGACGAGGAAGAAGAUCCUGACAUUGCCAAAAGCGACCACGAGGCUGCCAACACGGACAUCGAGACGGAUCGGGAAGGGCCUAAAACAGAUGCCGAAGACGAACCGGAUCCCCUUGAGAGAGCGACCUCGCAAAGUCAGGAGCCAGAUCAACAACCUUCUGAGUCACCUGGAGAAAUCAUGGUCCCUGCAGCUGAGCUUCUUGACCUUCCCAUGUGGCUCCGGCUAUCUCAGAUGUUCAUGUAUCAGUCACCGGAACUGGGCGACAGCUGGAAUAGCUUUACCACUUCUUGUCACGAGACUCCUUCAAUAUACCACACCGCUUUUCAGGACUUUCACAACCUGACGAUCAGUUUAACAAGGCGUGUCGUACAAGCCACCAUCUUCCAAACAAUGACCCGUUUGCGAGCACGCGACAAGGACUCACCAAGUGCUAGAGUUACAGCAAAUGACGUACGCGCGGCAGUCGAUAUCCUGGAUCUGCAGCCAAACACACGCAAUUUCUGGGGAGGCGUACCCAGGAAACAUGGGCUCCGAAUUCACGAGCGAGGUUCUAAGUUCUCCAAAGGUCAAUCAAGAGCCGGAGCUGAGCUCAGUCUCGAAGAAGCAGAAGAGAGACUGGGAGUCGGUCACACGGCGACUGUGAUCACUGGAACGGACGACGAUGUUGUACAAAAGGUUGAGAAUGAGAUGGACGACGAUGUUCUUGACCCUGACCAAUAUUACGAUGACCCAGAGCUCUGGACCGAAGCGUCCGAUACUGAGGACGAGACUCCUGUCAAUAUACCACAAGAUCAACACUCGGAAGGCUCCGACGAUGAAGAUGCCGCUUAUCAUCCGACCGACGACGAAGGAGUCCAAGAUGCUGCUCGAAAGAGGCGUCAUCGAAAGGGCCGGAUGGAGAAGAGCUUCCAGAAGGCUCACGAUGCAUAUCUCGAAGCUGUCGAUCAAGAGAUUAGCCGAGUGCAAGAGAUUGGGAUGUGGGAUGCUCUCGGUGUAGCGCCACCCAACGACAUUAAGGACGAAGAGGUCGAAAUCCCACGUCAACCAGUUAUUCAUCGUCGACUGUCAGAUAACGCCAAUUGGAGAGACGGCUUCGAAUACAAAUCACCGUGGGAGCUUGGUUUCGAGAGCAUACAACCAGAAGCAUUCGCUAGCAUGCACAAGCGAGGACAACAGGCGAGGAAACGGAGACGGCUGGCUUAUGAACAUCUCGAGCAAGAAGGUCUCGUCGUUUUGCCUCAGCAAGCAUCCGAAAUUGCUGUUGUCAGGAAGAGCACCAAGUACAUUGAUGCUGAUACCGAGAUGGUUGAUGCGCCUGCUGGAGAACUGCCAAUUGCUACUACCGAAACCUUCGAGGAUGGAGUACCCAGAAAGAAGCGUCCGAAGCCUAGCUUGAACAGGAUUCUGAGCAGAGAAACGACGAAUGAACCUUUACUCAGCAGGUCAACACCAGACGACCGCAGUAGAGGGAGAAGUUGGCUGUCUAAGGCCACACAGGAAAGAAAGGAAGACGGAAGAAGCGCUAAGAAGAAGCAGAAACGGCUAGCAGAGGAGAAGCGAUUGGCUGAAGAGCGGUUAGAAGAAGAGGUUCGAAAGGCCAGGACAGGUUAUAAGGCAACUCUGUCCAAGGAAGAAAAACUGGCCCUCGAACAACAGGAACGAGAAGAGAGGGAUCGGGAAGCGCGAGAGGUAAGAAGACUCGCCAAAGAAGAAUGGCGAGAGAAGCAAAGAGUCAAGGAUGAGGAACAGAAAGAGAUGGAAAGGCUUGCACAAGAAGAGAAGCAGAGGGCCAAAGAGGAGAUGCAGAGCGCAAAAGAAGAAAGGCAGAGGGCUAGAGAAGAGAAGCGUAGAGCCAAAGAAGAAGAGCAGAGGACCAAGGCAGGGAAACGCAAAGCCGACAACGAGGAAAUUAUCGACCAAGAACCCGAUGCUGAACAACCGGAAGAUACAGCACGUUCGACACGCUCUCGAAGCAAGAAGCCAAAAAGGAAAUCUGGAUUCUAG